AUGGCAAGGCGAAAAGUUCAUAAGAGUCGCCCCCUUAUGGAAGUACUUGAGGCUGAGCGAGAGCCACAUCCUAGUGUUGGAAAUGAAGUUCCAUCUCGGGUUCAGGAAGAAGAGAUUGAACGUGAAUUGCAUAAUGAGCAAACUCAAGAGUCAAGUGCCAAUCCAGAAGUGGGACAUUCAGAUAGAGUUGUACCACCAAGGGCUAAUGCAGCUCCAGCAUUUUUAGACCCUAGUGUGCAGCGCCUUUUAGAGUCAGCGGCUAGCCUAGCGGAGAGGCAAACUCGCAUCCUUGAACAACAUAAUGCAGCACAGUCUAGGCCAUUUGUGCAACCUACAGAGAACCGUCUCACCGCAAUUGAGAGGUUCAAGAAGUUGGGGGCUCCAUCAUUUUCUGGAUCGCCCAAUCCUAUGGAGGCAGAGGCCUGGUUAAGGAGGGUAGAACAGAUAUUUUCUGUGAUGGAAGUAUCAGACGAGCAGCCAAUUGCACUUGCUAGUUUUAUGCUGGUGGAGGAGGCUGAAUAUUGGUGGGAGUCCACGCAACGCCUGCUUACGGCAAGUGGCACUGGAGGAUUGACCUGGAACCAAUUCACUAAGGUUUUCAAUGACAAGUACUUUCCAGCUACCUAUCGGUAUGAAAAAGAGAGAGAGUUCCUUCGGCUAGAGCAAGGGGAUUUGACUGUAGCUCAGUAUGAAGCUAAGUUCAUUUCUUUAUCUCGUUUUGCCCCUUCGUUUGUGGAUGAUGAGGAGGUCAAAUGUCGUCGUUUUAUAGAUGGGUUGGAUUUGGACAUCAAAUCUCGUAUUCGAGUAUUGGGAAUAACUAACUAUUCGACCUUGGUUGAUAAAGCCUUAACAGCUAAGAAAGAUGUCAUAGAAAUGAAGUUAGCGGAAUAA